AUGCUAUCCCUAACCGCUUUGAUUUGUUACAAUUGUGAAGCGAAUGGAUCGUCACAACUGUUUUUCGGUACCCGUUUUCACGCUUUUCCAACUUUACACCCACAAAGUUUGAAGAUCUGAAGCGUCGGCGUCCGUGCGUCGGUGUGUGCGGUCAUUCGGUGUGCGCGGAGUGUGUCAGCAAGGAUCCGUACCUGCAAUGCCCGAUUUGCGAGCGCAACGAUGCGUUCGUCGAUGGUCAAAUCAACAAUAGCGCGGAGGUUUUGAUUGUCGAGUGGGCGGCGGACGAGGUUGUGCACAUUUAUGAGGAAUGGUGGAAUGGAGAUGUGAGUUGAGUUGAUGAGACACUUUGCAACCGAUAAAAACUUCCAAGAGAGGUUGCAAAGUGUCCAGCAGUUUUGUUGUUUUUCAGAAUGUUGGAAAAGGCUCGUGCUCUUCGUGCUCCGCUUACACCAAUCAUCUGCGAAUCUGUGAAACGUGUGAACUAUGUGAGGUCGCGUGGAAACGAUGUUUGUGGAAAAAUCCGUCCGAGUUCACCAUACUAAACGAGCACCGCCUUUUGUACUUUGCCCUCCGCGUCUACUGUUCGGAUUGUGUGCUCAUGGCACACUCGGGGCACCAGACUCUAAAGUUGAGGGAUGUGAGAAAUGCAAACGAGGAGAUCCGACGGACUUUGGCGAACAUUGCCAACGGUUUGUUGCAGAGAACGAUCAAAAGAGCGGGCGAUUCGAAUGGAUGCACCCUGCGGUAUUUGAGGAUGAUGAGCACGCAAAAGUACUUGAAAUCUCUCACGUCUCAAUACUUUAAAAAGACGGUGACGGAUGGAAGUGCACGGACCAUUUGUCAGCUCAUCAAGUGCCUCAAAGUGCAGUGGUCCGAGUAUCGUCAAACUUGCCACAAUGCGUGUUCGUGUACUCGGUUGUGGCUGAACAAGAGGAGGAGCAAUUAUGA